AUGCAGAAACACACAUUCGGUAACACCUGGGAGUGGAAACACACAUUGGCCCUACUAAACCUGAAAACAGCCCUGACAUCCAAACCUGUACUGCGCAAACUGGUGUUCGAUGGAACUCCCUUCAUCAUAACCACUGAUGGCUGCCAACAAGGCUUUGGUGCCGUGUUGACACAGGAAUUCACAACGGAACUGGCUGGCAGAAAAAUUGUC